CCGCCAUGUCCCACCCGGUGCUGCUGCUGCGGCGGCUCCGGGAGCGGCACCGGAACCGGAACCGGGACAGCGACGAGGAACAGGACUGGGACCGGGAUCAGGACCAGGACCAGGACCAUGACUGGCACCGGGACCGAGAUCAGCACCGGGAUCAGGACCAGGACCGUGACUGGCAGCGGGAACGGGAGCAGAACCAUGAAUGGCACCGGGAGCGGCAUCAGGACCGUUAUUUGGACCGAGAUCAGCCCCGGCACCGUCAUCAGGGCUGGGCUCAGGACAUCACACACCCCCCACCCCCAUCCAGGAUCUCCCUCUCGGUGCCCCCGGGUGGUCCCUCCACCCCAUCCCCAUCCCCGAGCCCCCGCCGGGGCCGCCGCCGCCGCCGCCCGUACCCUGCCCAGCGCAUUUACCGGGUGCGCUGCUCCUUCCUGGAGCUGAGCGAGGAGCAGGCGCUGCGGCGCUGCCGCCUGGACCGGGCGGCCAUCGCGGCGCUGUGCCGGGAGCUCGGUGCCGACCUGCAGAGCCUCACCGGCCGCAGCCACGCUCUGCCCGUGGCCGUCAAGGUCACCUCGGCUUUGGCCUUCCUGGCCUCGGGUUCCUUCCAGACGGCUUCGCGCCUCAGCACGGGCAUCAGCCAGUCGGCCAUGUCCAACUGCUUGGCGCAGUUCUUGGCGGCGCUGCAGCGGCGAGCUCCCCGUUACAUCGCCUUCCCCCCGCCGCCCGCGCCCCCCGGGGACCCCCCGGCGCUGCCCGGGGUGCUGGGUUUGGUGGGCGCCAUGCACGUGGCGCUGAGGGCUCCGGCCGACAACGAGCCGCUGUUCCGCAACGCCGCCAACUUCCACUCCAUCAACAUGCAGGUGGUGUGCGACCGCCACGGCGCCAUCACCAACGUCGUGGCCAAGUUCCCCGGCUCGUGUCCCAACGCCACCGUCCUGGAGAACUCGGCCCUGGCGCGGCUCAUGGAGGGCAGCAGGCCGGAGGGGGUCUGGCUGCUGGGUGACCGCACGUACCCGCUGAAGCCGUGGCUGCUGACUCCCAUCUCGGGCCCCCGAGGCGCGGCCGAGCUGCGCUACAACGCUCUCCACGCCCGGACCCUCGACCCCCUGCGCCGCACCCUGGGGCUGCUGCGCCGCCGCUUCCGCUGCCUGGCGGGCGGGGGGCUUCAGUACAGCCCCCCCAAGGUCUGCCAGAUCUUCCUGGCCUGCUGCAUCCUGCACAACAUCGCCCUGCGCCGCCGCGUCCCCCUCGAGCCCCCCGAGGGGCUCCCGCCCGCCCCGGGACACCCCGAGCCCCCCCCGCAGCCGCCGCCGCCCCCCGGGCCGGGCUCCCGUGAGGGACGGGCGGUGAGGGCCAGGGUGGUGCAGCAGGUCAGGGAGGGGAUGGGCUGAGGGGUUUGGGGGGGCUUUGAGUCCUUGGUGGGGGUGCUGAGCCCUUGUCUGGAGGGUCCUGAGUCUUCUGUGGGGUCCUGAGCCCUGAUUCAGGGGGGCUCUGAGCCCUCUGCGGGGGUCUUGAGCCCUGAUUUGGGGGGUCCUGAGCCCUGAUUUGGGGGUGCUGAAUCUUCUGUGGGGUCCUGAGCCCUGAUUCAGGGGGGCUCUGAGCCUUUUGGGGCGUCCUGAGCCCUGAUUUGGGGGGCUCUGAGCCUCUGGAGGGGCUCUAGCCCCGGUAGACAUUUCUAUCACUUUGGGGGUGUCCUAUUUCCACCCCCAUGGUCCCCAGAUUUGAUCCCUCAAUCGUGUCCAUGCUCAUUUUGGGGCAAAU